AUUUAUCUAUCGAACUAGUUAGCGCAACGAGCAAAUAUCGAAGCCGUUUCGUCCCUGAUUUUGCAAAGCGGUAUUUGUUCGAAUUUAACGAGAAGUAAAAAUGUCGAUCACUAUUUGUUCCCUAUAAAACAUUGAACUUUACGUUUGUGUAUAAACUUCGUUGUGUUAUCGUAAAGCAUUGAAACAAGAUGUCUGCAAAGAACGUAAGCUCCAUCCAGGUCUGCAUCAAGGUGCGUCCCUGCGAGCCCGGGCUCACUUCGCUCUGGCAGGUGAAGGAGGCUCGCUCCAUCCAGUUGGCGGACAGCCACGCGGAGCCCUUUGUCUUCGACUAUGUGUUCGACGAGGGCGCCAGCAACCAGGAGGUGUUCGACCGGAUGGCCAGGCACAUAGUGCACGCCUGCAUGCAGGGCUUCAAUGGAACUAUUUUUGCCUACGGCCAGACGUCGUCGGGCAAGACGUACACCAUGAUGGGCGACGACCAGAACCCCGGUGUCAUGGUGCUCGCCGCCAAGGAGAUCUUUCAGCAGAUCUCCAGUGAUAAGGAGCGGGACUUUCUGCUUCGCGUGGGCUACAUCGAGAUUUACAACGAGAAAAUCUAUGAUCUGCUAAACAAAAAGAAUCAGGACCUCAAGAUCCACGAGUCCGGCAACGGGAUUGUGAACGUGAACUGCGAGGAGUGCAUCAUAACCAGCGAGGGUGACCUCCUGCGUCUGCUCUGCAUGGGAAACAAGGAGCGCACCGUGGGAGAGACCAACAUGAACGAGCGCUCUAGCCGUUCGCAUGCCAUUUUCAGGAUAAUCAUUGAGUCCCGAAAGUCGGAUCGCAGCGAUGACGACGCAGUGAUUCAAAGCGUGCUGAACCUGGUGGAUCUGGCUGGAUCAGAGCGGGCGGACCAAACGGGUGCCCGAGGAGCGCGUCUCAAGGAGGGCGGUCAUAUAAACAAGAGCCUACUUUUUCUCGGCAACGUUAUCAAGAGUCUGUCGACAACCCCGGACAAUAAAUUUGUCGGCUUCCGCGAUUCCAAGCUGACGCGCAUCCUGCAGGCUUCCUUGGGGGGCAAUGCAUUUACAUCCAUCAUUUGCACAAUCAAACCAUCAAUCAUGGAAGAGUCGCAGUCUACCCUUAAUUUCGCCACGGGUGCCAAGAAGAUCCGCAUCAAGCCGCAGGUCAACGAGAUGGUAUCUGACGCCACAAUGAUGAAGCGGCUGGAGCGCGAAAUAAAACUACUAAAGGAUAAGCUGGCGGAAGAAGAGCGCAAGAACGAGAGCCAGCUAAAGGUACAGGAUCUGGAGCGGCGAAUAAAGCGCGACAUGCACAAGAUAAUCUCUAGCCAAUCGCUGAGCGACAAUUGCCAGCAAAAGCGACGCCGUACUUGGUGUCCCACUGCAUCGGGCUCGCAUUCAGAGACAGCGGAGUCCAGCACCAUUGACGAUCGACUUGUCAAAUUUUCAAAGGCGUCUCACCUUCCAAAACCAGUGUUUUUUCCCACUUCAAAUGCUGGCAAACGAUGGGACAACGUUCCUAAGACCAUCAACAUUUUGGGAUCCCUGAAUAUCGGUACCGAGAGCGACUCCAUUAGUGAGGAAUUUCUCCCGGCAGAGUGCAUUGACUUUGGAUCGCCUCGCCCAGGUGUUCACAGACCGAUGUUGAUCACCAAGCAACUGCCAGACCUGACCCUCACUCCCAUGGGCCCCUUAACCGGGGAAAAAAUCAAGAACGAGAUCCAGGACCUGCAAAUGUUCACCAGCUUAGAGAAGCACUUUGAGGUUGAGUGCGACGAGGUGCUGGGUUUAAGAGAAAAGCUGGUCGAGGUUACAGCUCAGCGGGAUCAUUUAGAGCAAGAUUCAUUAGCCGAAAAGGAGCGUAAUGGUGCUCUUCAAAACGAGGUAACCAGCCUUACAGCGACCAAUGAGGCUGCGAAUUCGAAGAUUAGCGCAUUGGAAGAACAACUGAGUACUCUGAAACAGACUGUGGCCAGAUUGGAAGUGGAGAAUCAGGAGGCCGUGGGCCUCGAGUUUGAGUUCGAGGCUCACAAGAAAUCAUCGAAACUUCGCGUUAAUGACUUGCUCUCUGCCCUUUCAGAAAAGGAUUUGACCAUAGAGAGCCUUCAAAAGUCCCUCGAUAAUUUAUCCCGCGAUGUGUUACGCAACAGCAAGGAGGACCACAUGCUUUCCAUUGCCAUAGAGCCGGAAGACAGCGCCGGCGAGAGUUCGUGCAAAAAGUGUGAGCAACUGGAGAAGCUGAUUGCAGAUUUAGAGUCCAAGAACAAUGCCUGCGAGUGUGAUCUGCUCCGGUCUGAGAUAGUCUCUGUUCGCGACAAGUUAGAGAGCAUUGAAUCGGCCUUCAACCUGGCAAGUUCCGAAGUUACCCAAAAGACGAAUGAUUGCGAGCGACUUUCGAAAGAGUUAUCGGCGGCCCAGGAUGACGUUCGACAACUACAGGAAAGGUACGGCACUCUGGAGCAACAGUGGCAGGGUCAACUAGUGGGCAUGAAAGUGCUGCAGGACAACCACGAGAUCGUUCAGAAGAAGUACCAGGAGCUGCAGGAGGAAUAUGAGCAGUUAGAACGCAGGGAAAGUGUCUCUAACACUGAGUUCCAACGGCUUCACAGUGACAACACCAAGUUGCAAGCCGAGAUCAAAAACCUCGAAGAACGAGUGGAGGAGGCCCAAAACAUGCUUAAGGAAGUCCAAGCCUCCGAAUCACCUGUGGAAAAGCUUCAAAUACAAAAUCAAGAACUAAAAACGAAAAUUGCUGAGCUGGAGACUAACUUUAAGGAGGUGCAGCGGGAAAACGACUGCCUUUCCAACCAACUGAUGGAGAGUGUCCAGGAGAACGAUGCCCUGCGAGAGGAGCUACGACCCACGGGGAGGAGUUCCGGUAUAAGCACCGAGUUUGGCAAACAGGAGCAGGACAUCAACCUUGAUAGCAACCUUCUACACCAGUUUGUCCAGCUAUCUGAGUCCAUCCAACAGAUAGAGCUUCAGCAUCACUCCGGCAUCUGUCGCCUCUUUAUAGCCAACCAAAUGGAACAGGGUCAGAGCGAGCCACAACUUAAGCUUUGCCUCGAGUCUGCUGAGUACAUAGAGGAAGACACUCUUCACUCAGAUGCAACUGAAUCUAUUUGUCUUAAAGGAGUUCUCAAGCGACACAGGUUCCAGAUAAAGCGACUUAGCCAGGAACAUGUACAGAUGGGACUGGGACAGGAAAAGGGACUGCUUGAUAUUAUUUCGCAGCUGGAACAGGUAAUCGUAGAGAAGAGUGCCCUUUUGGAAUCCACAGAGGCAACGAUAAACGAAAUGCGAGAGCAGAUGACUAACCUAGAGUCUGCUCUCCUGGAAAAGAGCGUUAUAGUGAACAAGGUGGAGGACUACCAGCGGCAGAUCGAGUCCCUGGAAAAACAAAAUGCGGAGAUGACGAUUGUGUACGAAGAGCUCCAGGAUAGAGUAACAAGAGAGAGCUCGAUGAGCGAGAGUCUGCUUCGAGUUCUGCCUGACGAGGAUACCCUUCCGCGCCGCCCCACAACUCCCAGUAAAGGAGAUCAGGAGGUGGCCACGCUAAAGACUUCCAUAACAGAAUUACAGUCACAGGUAUUUGAUCUGCAGGCCGAACUUGAAAACCAGUCAAAACAGAUCCAGUUGAAAGACGGUAACUUAGCGGGACUACAGAAAGAUUUUGAGGAAAUGAGUGAGCGGUGCUUAUCGAUGGAGGUAAGACUGGCCGAGUUGGAAGAGGAUGCUAAGCAAAAACAGGAACUGCUGGAUCGCCAGGCGCAGAAGCUGUCCGAUGACCUACGCCUCAUCGAUCAGCUUCAAGAGAAAAAUGCGCAGCUCGUUGAACAAUGUCGUGGAGCGACGGAAUCUCUCAACCUCGCGGAUGCAAAGCAGGAUCAGAUGCUACUUUCCUCCCAAUAUGAUAGCCAAAUCGAGGAACUUAACCAAUUGCUAAAGGCAGCCAAAGAAGAACUACUCGAUGUACGGCGGGUAAAAGAUAAUGAAAUAAGUGCUCUGCGAACGGAGUUUUUGCUGAAGAUCGAAACGAUCGAGCAAGAGAAUCAAGGCAAGUUGUGCGAUGAGUUGCAGGAGACUAAGGAUCGUUAUGAGAGCCAUGUGGACGCCUUAAAGGAGCACCUAUUGCAGGCAGGGGAGGAACUCUCCAGUGUUACGGCUCGCUGUCAGGCGGAGUUGGAAGGGCUUAAAUCUGCUCUUCAAGAAAACAUUUCGCAGGCUGAGGAGGAAAGAAACAACUUGACUGCCAAGCACCAGGCAGAAAUGGAGGCAAUCAGAGAAACGCUUACAAAUAAGAUAGCUGAGGCUAAAUCACAACAAUCCGAAAUGGAAGAUGCCUUCCAAGCGGAAAUUACCGAGGUGAGAGCCAUGCUAAAGGAGCAAUUGACCCAAACGGAAGAGGAGCGCGAUACGGCAUCUUCGAAGCUUGAGGAGGCGCAAAAGACGCUGGAGCAGAUGGCUAGUGACAGACGUGAGAUGUCAGAUACAAUUACUGAGUUGGAGAAAACCAAAGCUGAGCAAGACUUGGCAUUCAAUAACUUAAAACUAGCCAACGCCGAAUUAGAGGAGCGGUGCAGUAAGACCCAGGAGCAGCUGGAAAUGCAAUCGCUUACUCAAGACCAAAACAGUUUGGAAAUACAGGCACAUAUUAAAGAGCUGGAUUCGAUUGUGGCCUCUUCGAAGAAAAGGAUCGCUGAGCUCCAGGAAAAGUGUGACCAGCAGGUUCUGGACCUGGAUAAACUCAGGCUGGAGAAAGUGGCCCUGGAAUCAGAGAUUCAAAAGACUAAGGUAGAGCAUUCUAGCACCCUGGAUAAGCUUCAGGAAGUCCAAGCUGAAAUUAUAGCCCUAAGGAAUCGGAAUGAGAUGGAAAAGAGCGAUUUCACAACUAAGUCCGAUAUAUUUACUUCCAAAAUAACCGAUCUCGAAGAAGCCCUGAAGGAAGCACAACAGAAAGUUCUUCUUUAUGACGAUUUGGUAUCGCAGCACGAACACCUAACAGUCUGCAUUGCCGACGCAAAUAAACUGUCAUCAAACUUGCAAAAGAAAGUGGAGAGCCUGCAAUCGGAAUUGAGUGAUUGCCAAAAGGAAAUCUCGAGACGAGAUGUGGAAAUCGAAGAGCUGCGCGCAGAACUGCAGAACGCCAUGGAUGCAAAGACAACUGCUAGUAUGGAACAAUUAACUCUGGUAGCGCAGCUCAAAGAAGUCGAGGAGCAGAUGGCAACUCAGGCAGAGAAGUUUACACGGCACGCGGCUGAUCUAAAAGGAUCGAUGGGCGAGCUCCAAUUGAAGCUCAAUUCUCUGCAAGGAACUAAAGAUAGCCUUGAGUCUGGAAAUGCAGAGCUCAAAGUACAGCUUAGAAAUUCUGAAAAUCUGCGGGACAUGUGGAAAGAGGGGGAAAAGGUGUGUGCCUCCCUGAAAGAAAAAUUAAGCAAAGUGGAAGAAGCAAAAUCUUACCUCGAACAGCAGUUGCAAGCCAGUAAAUCUGAGGUGGAGCUGAGCCACAACAGAAUUGGAGAACUCACCAAGGAGUGCGAAAAACUGCGCUGUGAUCUGAGGGAAAAAGACAGCACAGACCUCGAUCUACAAGAAACUAAACUGCAGUUGGAGAAAAAGCUGACCAUUCUUAGGGAGAAAGAUGAAGACUAUGCUCGCCUUAAUGCUCAAUUGUCAUCCAGCAAGGCAGAAUGUGCAACUCUGCAAGAAGACCUUUCGAAGCUCCACUUGGGCGUAGAUGAGGGCAAUAUUAAAAACCGUGAAUUGGUACAGAAGCUUGACGAACUGACAAGGGAGUGCGAAAAGCUACGACUUGAUAUGCAAUUGAAAGAGACCACUUUCCAAAAGGAGAAGGAGAACUUAAACAGUAACGUCUUUAAUCUCAACGAGCAAAAGCGGAAGCUGGAGGAAAAGCUGAGAAUGCCUAACGAUAAUGGGAGUAAGCUUCAAGAACUCAUAAAAGAGUGCGAGCAGCUCCGGUCAACUCUGAAAUCCAAGGAAUCCAGUUUUCAGUCAGAGAAGGAACGUAUGGACUUUACCAUCCUAAGUCUUUUAGAAGACAAACGCAACCUCGAGGAAAAGUUGUGCUCGGUCAACGAUAUUGCGGCUAAGCUUGAGGCGGAACUAGGCAAUUUACAAGCACCUAAAGUCAGUUCAAAUAACGCUUCCAUCGAGUCGAUUGCCUCAAACGGUUCGCUAGGUGCUCCCGCGGCGAGAAAAAGUCUAGAUCGGAACGCAGAGCCAAGGAAAUCGCUAACCUCUGAAUCCGAAAUACGGAAGAAUCGACGCAUCAGCGUCCACGAUGAGCGUCGGCAGUCUUACUGGAACGACGUUCGGGAAUUUGGCACCAUGACAGAUCCCGUUGACAACAAUUGCAACUGUGUGGAGCUGAAUUGCAAGCUUCAGGAUUGCCAGCGCGAGCUCUUCAUUCGCGACAGCCAAUUGACAGCAUUGGGCAUGGAGCUGAAGCAUCAUCCGCUGAAGGACGAGAACGCGCAACUGAAGAAAAGAGUUCUGGAGGAGCAGGACAAGGCACGCUUUGAGCAGAAACGGCUUAAGAUGAAGCUUCAAGAUCUAAACGCAAAGAUUAAUGACUUGACCGCUGCUGCCGCAUUGUCCAAAGAACCAGGAUCUAACAAAACAGCACAGGUUGCGAAGUCUGCUACCGUACCGGCCCAAACUCAGACGGAAUCCGAUCUCGAAGAAAUCCUUGAGAAAACGAACAUAAAGUAUCAGGAUGCUGUUCGCUUGUUGCGCUCCCGUUACAAUCUCAUCAAGGAUCUGGAGGAGAAGCUGAGGCAAAACGAAAACAACGACACAUCGAAUAUAACCUCACUCUCAGCUGGACAAACAAGCGCAUUGAAGGCACAGUGUGAGUCCCAAAAAAAGGAAAUUUUGGCAAUCAAAAAUAAGUACGAAUCGGCAAAACGAAUUUUGGCGAUGCGAAAAGACGAGUUGGAUGUCUUGCGGAAUAAGAUCGCAAAAUAUGAAACAGCUACAUCAGCUAAAUAAGUCACUAGGUAGUAUAUUUAUAUUUAUAAGUGUAAAUAUGUGUAUGGGUUUGGUUUAAGUUAAUUUUGUGUGUCAUCCGCCUACAUUCAAUGUGUUAUACUUAAAAAUCUCUUUUUGUUAAGUCAGUAUUUUAAUUAAAGUUGAUUAAUUAUUACCAAACGAAAAAGAAUCCGCAUAUUUUGAGUAAUACACAUAUUGUCUUCAUAACGCGGCUUUAUUGUAAUGUCAAUAAAUAUUUAUAUAACUUUCUAAGCA